AUGGCGGCCUCAGCAGACAUUAAAUUCAAGGAAUCCCUGUUAACAGCUUUACGUUGUCUAAAUCUGGGGACAUUAACACUUCGAAAAGAGCAGGAAAACGCGGUAAAAAACGUUGUUGUGAGAAAGAAAGACGUUUUAGUUGUUUUGCCUACAGGUUUUGGAAAAUCUUUGAUUUUUCAGAUGUUACCAUUUGUGUUUGACUCUUGGCUUUAUACGAAUGGUUCUUUCAUUUUGGUUGUUUCACCAUUAAACGCACUCAUGAGAGAUCAGAUAAUAAAGCUUGACAAUUUGAAUGUUAAAACGUUGAUAAUUCGUUGUGGUGACUCUGUAUCGGAUGCAGAUAUUCAAGGAAUCGCGCAAGCAAAAUUUAGAAUUAUCUACGGCCACCCCGAGGCAUUCCUAGGAAACUUAAGAAAAGUGUUGGACAGCGAUCAGGUCAGGGAGAAGAUGAGAGCUGUUGUAGUAGAUGAAGCCCAUCUUAUAGAAGAA